UUUGCAAAACCAAAUUUCAACAAAACAGACUUUUCUACAUUUGGUCAUUUGAAAAGCAAGCCAUGGACUAUCCUUUGCAAUGCAUUCAUUCUUUCCUUCUUUCCAUCUUUCUCCUCUCAUCCUCACCUCCAUUUUAUAAUAAUGAAGUUACUCCAUUAAUCUGGAGCCUUCCUUUCGAAACAUAUCAGAAGAAGAGAUGGCCAUCGUCCACGUGUCCGACGACGCCAUUUCGCGGGAUUCCGAACUAGGAACAACUCCGCUUCUGCAACACGAUACAGUGAACGGCGCUGUCGACUUCAAAGGCCGGCCGGCGAUCAGAUCCCAGUCUGGCUAUUGGAGAUCAGCAUGCUUCAUCAUAGGUGUGGAAGUGGGAGAGAGGAUAGCGUUCUACGGGAUAGGAUCCAACCUCAUCACUUUCUUGACCGGCCCGCUUCAAGAGAGCACAGCCACAGCAGCGAAGAAUGUGAAUAUAUGGCAAGGAACGGCGUCGUUGCUGCCUCUGUUGGCUGCUUUCAUUGCUGAUUCUUUCCUUGGACGCUAUCUCAUAAUUGUUGGAGCUUCUCUUGUCUAUAUCUUGGGACUAGGCAUGUUGACUUUAUCAGCCAUGCUUUCUUCUGCCACUAUUUCUGAGUGCAAACCUGAAACGAAGUUGGCAUCAUGUUCUCCAAAGUUUCAUAUAACAAUAUUGUUCUUCUUCUCACUUUACCUGGUGGCCAUUGGACAAGGAGGUCAUAAGCCUUGUGUUCAAGCUUUUGGAGCUGAUCAAUUUGAUAAUCACCAUCCAAAAGAAAGGAAUGCCAGAAGCUCAUUCUUUAAUUGGUGGUAUCUUACUAUGGCUGCAGGCUGCUUACUCACUCUCUCUUUCUUGAACUACAUCCAAGAAAACCUUAGCUGGGUUCUUGGAUUUGGAAUCCCUUGUCUCGUCAUGCUUGUUGGAUUGCUUGUUUUCUUGUUUGGAACUAAGACCUACAGAUUUCCAAAUGAAGGGAAUAAGAAGAAGAGUCCAUUCGUUAGAAUUGGCAGAGUUUUUGCUAAAGCUAUAAGAAACCGUAGAAUUAAUACUUUGUCAGACAUAGCAAUCAAGGAUGAAGCUUGUGACAUGGUCACUCAUCAACGUUCCAAACAAUUCAAGUUCUUGAAUAAAGCACUGCUUACGCCAAAAGGAUCUAAAGAUGAGGAGGCAUGUAGUGUUAGUGAGGUUGAAGAAGUAAAGGCUAUAUUUAGGCUUGUUCCUAUUUGGGCCACAAGUUUGGUGUUUGGUAUUGUCUACGCUCAAGUUCGAACUUUCUUCACCAAACAAGGCGUUAACAUGGACAGAACAGUAUAUCCAGGUUUUGUUAUACCCGCCGCUUCUUUACAAUCUCUUGUCACUUUGGCCAUUGUUAUUUUCAGCUUCAUCUAUGAUAGGAUGUUUGUGCCAAUAGCAAGAGCUAUCACUAAGAAGCCCUCAGGAAUCACAAUGCUACAAAGGAUUGGAACUGGAAUAUUUUUAUCUAUAAUUACUGUAGUAAUGGCAGCUCUUCUUGAGAUGAAAAGAUUGGAAAUAGCAAUUGAGUUUGAUCUAGUUGAUAAACCAAAUGCAAUUGUACCAAUGAGUGUCUGGUGGUUGAUUCCCCAAUACUUCUUAUUCGGAGUUGCCGAGGUUUUCACCAUGGUUGGUCUCCAAGAAUUCUUCUAUGAUCAGAUGCCAGAUGAACUAAGAAGCAUGGGUCUUGCCCUUUACUUGAGUGUAAUUGGAAUGGGGAGCUUUUUAAGCAGUUUUUUGGUCUUUGUUAUAGAAGAAAUAACAAGGAAAGAAGAUGGAAGAAGUGGCUGGUUUAAUGAUAAUCUCAAUCAGGCACAUAUUGAUUACUUUUAUGGGUUACUUGCUGUGCUCAGUGUGAUUGGAUUGAUUUUAUUCAUCUUCAAUGCAAAAUCUUACAUCUACAUUCAGAAAGGAAUUGCACGAGGAUAGCUUGUUCAUUCUGUCAUAUCAACCAGGAAGUACAAUUUAUAUUGUGCAAACUACUAUUAGACAAGAAUAAACGCCUUAUGCUUAGAGAAAUAUGUAAUGAAAUAUUUAUUAUUUUUGCUGGAUUAUCCACUCUUUGUAUAUUAAUUAGGCCCAAAUAUUAGCCCACUUUAUAGAUAUGUGCCUUUUCAA